AUGAGUGUCUCUGUGCUGAACCCCAUCAGACCCCCCGGCGGUAUCUCUGGGCUCCUGCAAGUGGCCUGCCUGCUGGGCCUGGUUCUGCUGCUGCUCAAGGCAGCCCAGCUCUACCUGUGCAGGCGGUAGCUGCUCAAAGCCGUCCAGGAGUUCCCGUGCCCCUCAUCCCACUGGUUCUACGGGCACAGUCAGGAGUUCCAAAAGGAUGAGGAGCUUCAACAGAUGAUGAAAUGGGUAGAGAAAUUCCCGUGUGCCUCUCCUCACUGGUUAUGGGGAAGCGAGGUUCUCUUCCUGGUCUAUGACCCUGACUACAUGAAGGUGAUCCAGGGGAGAUCAGACCCAAAGUCUCACGGAUCUUACAGAUUCCUGGCUCCCUGGAUUGGGUAUGGUUUGCUCCUGUUGAAUGGGCAGACAUGCUUUCAACACCGGCGGAUGCUGACCUCAGCCUUCCACUAUGACAUCUUGAAGCCCUACGUUGGGCUCAUGGCCGACUCUAUCCGAGUGAUGCUGGACAAAUGGGAGGAGCUCAUCAGCCAGGACUCACAUCUGGAGAUCUUUGGACAUGUCUCCAUGAUGACCCUGGACACCAUCAUGAAGUGUGCCUUCAGCCACCAGGGCAGCAUCCAGACAGAUGGACCAAGUGGUCAAGCUAAGGAAGUCUCACCUGCAGAAGGAGGGAGAGCUGGAGAAGGUCAGGAAGAAGAGGCACUUGGAUUUCCUGGACAUUCUCCUCUUUGCCAGAGGGAAGAAGCCCCUGGUCUCCCGGACCCUGCCCGCCCUUCAGGAUGGGCUUGGUUCACGGACCACCGGGACCAGAUGCCCUACACCACCACAUGCGUCAAGGAGGCACUGAGACUCUAUCCACCAGUACCAGACGUCGGCAGAGAGCUCAGCAAGCCCAUCACCUUCCCUGACGGACGCUCCUUACCCAGAGGAAUCAUGAUUGUGCUCUCCGUUUAUGCCCUUCACCACAGCCCAAAGGUGUGGCUGAACCCGGAGGUGUUUGAUGCUUCCCGGUUUGCACCAGAUUCUAGUCAACACAGCCACGCUUUCCUGCCCUUCUUGGGAGGACCAAGGAACUGCAUUGGGAAGCAGUUUUCCAUGAACGAGCUGAAGGUAGCCAUGGCCCUGACACUGCUCCGCUUUGAGCUGGCGCCGGAUCCCUUGAGGGUCCCUGCUCCCCUCCCAAGAAUUGUGUUGAAGUCCAAGAAUGGGAUCCACCUGCGUCUCAGGAAGCUCCUCUAACCCUUCUUGGGGACAAGAACAGGCUCUGAGGGGCCCCUGCAGCCAUCCUGUCUUCCUGUCACUCUCUCCUGUCCCCUGCCUGUCUGCCCACUUUCUCUAUUCUAUCUGCCCACCUGGCAGCCUACCUGAUCUCCUGCCUCCUGCCCAUCAGACUGUCGCCCUUCUCUCUCUCAUCCUUCUCCAGGCUUCCUAUCCUUCUGUCUGUCUCUGACCCACCUGCAUCUCUGACUGUCACCAAACUCCUCAUCACCUGCCUGUCCUCCAAC